UGUAAUGCAGUGGUGUGUUCAGGGUGUGUCUUCCUGUGCCUGUAUGCUUCAGUGAAUAGACACAUAAAAUGGUACAAAAGCAGCGCUGUACUACUCUAAGUGUGACGUACAGUCGGUAUUUUUUUGUGUACAUUUCCAUUAAUACUUUCACUCUUUCGUUAGAGAUAUGAAGGUGGUUUGGAAACACAUUCUAUUCGCUAUGACGUUGUGACACACUUCUGCUGAUCUGAUCUACAGGAAGCAAGAAGGGCAUGUAGUGUGUAUAGUUUUCUACAGGAAGAACAGUGAAGCUUUCUUUCAGUUCCUGUACACUUCUCAAAAUGAAGAGACAGGCUUGUCACUCUGAUGCACUGUUUUUUGGAUCAUUAUUGCUGUGGGCUGUUGGCUGUGUGAAGAGCGGUCCACUUGAAUACUCUGUCUCUGUCGGGGGAUCAAUAAUCCUGAAUUGUGUGGACUCCGCUGGUUUACGUAGAGGGGAUGUCCAGUGGUCACAUGUCAUAAACGGUCUCAGUCAAACUUUGAUUACCAAAUAUAGCAAUGGUAGUAUAAAAGGAAUUAAUGAUGCUGAGAACCGGUUUGAUCUUCUUACAAACUCCCUUCUCAUAAUGAGAAUAAAGACAGACGAUGCUGGAAGCUAUGAAUGUAACCACCAGCGUGUUGCAAAUCUGAAGGUGCUGGUGGCUGACACAACUAAGUACACAGUGUCAGAAGGGGGUUCAGUGAUCCUGCGCUGUGGAGUUUCACACACUGACAAGAGCAAGUUUGUCACGUGGGAGCACACAGGGAUUGAAGAUACUGCUACAAAGACUAUUGUGACAAGAUAUGAGAAUGGUGCAACUGAUAUAGCAGAUGAGCAAUUUCAACUGCAUAAAGACUCCACUCUUCAGAUCAAAAAAGUGAAGAGAGCAGAUGCUGGGAGUUACAAAUGCAAUGAAGAGGUUGUUGCAGAAUUACAGGUCCUGCCUGGUCCAAGCUCAGGCUCCCGCAGGCCCCAAUUCUAUGUCUCAGAGAAUGAGACUGUCAGCCUGCGUUGCUUGGGAGCUGAGACACAAGCACAGACAGUGGCCUGGACCAAGCUGGACGUUGCAGAAAGAGCAACUAUCCUUUCAUCCAGAGAGCCGAACGGGAAGUUCAAAUAUGGACACAAAGGGCAAGAUAUGCGAAUGCAAGUUCUUGAGGACAACUCCCUGACUAUAGUGGGGGUACAAACACAAGAUACCGGCACUUAUCAGUGUAAUAGAAAUGAUGUUGCAGAUCUAAUGGUGUUGUCUGUGGUCUUGAACAAAUCUAGUUCUGUCGUGGAGGGAGAUCAAGUUGUUGUCACAUGUAAAAUCCACGACCGAUUGAAUAACCAUUCCCAUACCUUGAAGAUGUCAGCUGAUCAAGAGACACCCCAGACUUCUCAAGGGACAGCAAUAACAGAGACGCUGUCUGCUAUGAGCGAGACUGAUAUGAAGAAAACAUUCCAGUGCAGAGUGGAGGUGGGGGGGACUGUGAGAGCAAAGACAUCAUUGACUCUUCAGAUACAAGGUACCAGCAGAAAGGAGGAUGGAAAUGAAAGAUUCACAACACCAGGGAACACGGGUACCAGUAGUAAGGAGGAUGAAAAUGAAAGAGGAACCACACCAGGGACCAUGGGUACCGCUACUGGAACAAAUGGCGAUGUACAGAAGGACAAUAAUGAAGACAGUAAGAAAGAAGAGAAAGUUCCUUUCAGCCCAACAAUCACCAUUGUCAUCAUCCUGAUUGUAGUCUUGCUUGCAGUUUUGGCUCUGGUCGCUGCAGUUGUGUGGAAGAAAAAAAGAAACAAACAGAAAGGCAACCAGUAUAACAAUAUGCAGACCCAAGCUGCAGACAUGCAUGCAUCUGGGAGUGGUGGAGAAGCUAAGGUGGAGAAAGGGAAUGGAGAUGGUGAAAUCCUCUAUUCAACUCCUCAGAUCCUUAACAAGAAAGGAGGACCAACCCAGAACCAUCAGUCCGAGCCCUGUGUCAUCUAUUCAGCAGUUGUAACUCAAAAAGGCAAAUAGAGAAGCGCCUCAGACACGUUUGUACAGCUAAAAAAAAAGCAUUCAUAUAUUCAGUGUACAGCUAUGGCCAAAAGCUUUGCAUCAGCGGUAUAUGGGGACAGGAAGAAAUGUCCCUGGUCUGUUGUUUUGAGUGAAGUUGCAGUUCUGAGUGAUUUUGCCAUAUCAUUUACUGUAAGACUCGAGUAGAAACAUUUUAAUGCUGUGUCCUGUAGUUGUUAAUACAACUACUACUACUACUAAUAAUAAACUAGUUCAGCCAGUGUG